AUGGGCUUUAGGGGUGGUCCGGGUGGCGACAAUCGUGGGAAAUUUCGGGGCGGGAGUGGAGGGUUUCGUGGUCGAGGGGGUUUCAGAGGUGGUCGUGGUGGCGGACAUGAGAGGUUCGAUCAGGGUCCCCCGGAGGAAGUUGUUGAAGUCGGCGAAAUGAUGCACACUUGCCAGGAAGACCUCGUUUGCUCUCUGACAAAUGAGAAAAUCCCCUAUUUCAACGCGCCGCUGUAUCUUGAAAACAAGGAACAAAUAGGCAAAAUUGAUGAGAUAUUUGGACCGAUAAAGAACUCCGUAUGUUUCGUGAUUCGAAUUAAUGUACUUGGUAGCUCUUUUCUGUUAAACUGUCGGACAACUUGAAGAGCAAAUCUUUUAAAACAGGCCUAAAGGUUUGUAUUUUUUCUGUAAAUGAUAUUGUUUAGCUCUACAUCGACCCUGCGAAACUACUUCCACUGGAGAGGUUUCUCCCGGGCGCCAGCCAACAAAGAGGUUUGUGCCUGUGUGCAUCACCUGUUCGUGUAUUUUUGCUUAUUGAAAACAUGGUAUUGUGAAGAGUGAUUAGCUGGUGACCGCAGUUAGCUCAUAAGUUAUGCCUGCCAGCGCGAAUAUAAACGAGAAGUGUUUUUCUUGGGUUAGCAUUGACCGAUAAGUGCAGUCUUCUCUUUUACUUUUCUUCCCUACGAAUUUUGAACAAUGUUGACAGUCUUAUCCACAAUCUCGGCGUCUUUACUAGUCCUAGGAUUCCGGCACACACGCAUUAUAUGCUUUUUUGUCAGUUGUUGCACAGCCCGAAUCUUGAACACUUGCAACCCUUGAUCGUCGUACUUCCCACCUCGGGGUUUCGGCUCCCCGGUCUGGUGUGAAAUAAUAUGACGCCAGAAGGCUGGGACCUACCGAUGGUAGGUGUCUAUGCUUUGGUGUUGUUUCGAGACUGCCGUGUUCCGAUUCUGGUUGCGGAUUUCCGUUCACCUUUGGAGUCUCUUGACACGAUAAGUUUCAUCAGAUGGAUUGUUCUUUUCACAUCUUACCAUUUUAUCCGAGACCUAAGAGUCGACAGACCGGUUUGCUAUGUAACCACAUGAACAGACGUCGCGAAGCGUGUUAACUAGCAUAACUUUCGGGUUAGGGGCAUAUUUCUCAUUUUACGAAUCGUAGGCGUUAACUGUCAUUUGAGUUGGAAAAUCUUGAUCAAAAAGAUCGAGAUUGACUAAAUUUUAGCCGUUAGUACUCGCAGGACUGCCGAAUAAGCCUAAUUUUCAGACUAAAAAAUUAGCGAGUAGCUGAAAUGGGAAUUCUUUCAAAACUCCACUUUUAUAGCGCGACGUUUAUCACGUUGACCCAUAAUGAAUUCGCCCUAAAACUGUUUUUUUUUACCCGUGUGGUAAUUUGCUCUCGUUUUUUUUAUUCCUACAGGCCGGGGAGGUCGAGGGGGUCGUGGCGAUUCCCGAGGGGGACGUGGUGGGAGAAGUUUUCGCGGGGGCGACCGCGGUGGCUUCCGUGGCGGUCGCGGGGGUGGUUUCCGCGGCGGUAGAGGCGGUGAUCGAGGCAACUUCCGAGGUGGUUUCCGAGGCGGGGAUCGUGGAAGCUUUCGUGGCGGACGUGGUGGGGAACGCGGAGGAUACGGUAAACGGGACUUUAAUUCCGACCACGCGGACAGUCCGUCGGGCAAGAAGAUCAAGUUUGACAGCUAA